AAGCCCUUGUCAUGUGUGGCUUAUUGGGUGGGGUGUUCUAAGUCCGAUAUGCUUUGCCAUAUUUGAAGGUGCUGCAUUGACCUGAUAUGCACCGUUCUUUCUCUUUAUCAAAAGACUAUGUUGCCAAAAGAACUGUCAGGUAGAGUGUGUAGUACAAUUAAGCAUGCUAAAAAGACAUCAGUACUAGUAAAAGAGCUUGUUUCAUUUAUCAAUCAUGCAACACUUGCUAAGAAUGAAGGCCUGAUUGAGAUUAUAUGGAAUAGAUCAAAACAACUGGAAAGCACUUCUUUGCUUGAUAAUCAUGAUUCAACUGACUAUUUUUUACAGCUAAAGCAGCUAAUUCAACAUGGUAUUGAAUUAUGGAAUUUGACAGUUGAAAUGAACAUCUAUAUCACAAAAAAUGAGAGACAAAAGAUGAAGGCACUAGCUAUGCUAAAAGAUACUUGCUUCCAUAUCUUCCAAAUGGAUCAAGAAUGGAAAAAAGAGAAUUAUUGGACUUACUUGCAAAUGGUUGCAGGCACAUUCAGGAUUUGUUUAGAUUGCGAAGAUAUGGAAAGUGAGCAACUAGCUCUAAUCGAUGAACUGAAAAACGUAAACAAAAAGGUCAUAUGAUAAGCUUGUACUGAUAGAUUCAGGCUAAUCAUAUAUCGAUUGAAGAUAAUAUGGAUCCAGAAAAGAUUAUGACACUAUUUAAAUGCUUCAUCUAUCAAUCAGAAUACUUUUUUGUCUUAUUUUUGAUACCCAACAAGCAUAAUUGUAUAUAUCAGCAUCAUUUCUUUUACUAGACUAUCAUUUAUGUACAUAUUUUUACUAGCCAACA